GAUGCGCUUCAUCCGGACGCGCGCUCAUCCAUGCAGCGGAGAGAGAAGUGGAUCUGACCGCUGAAGAGGGCAUUUCCUCCCGUUACCCAACCAAUGUGAUACCCUCCGGCUCUUCGGGAGAGGUGUUCCUCUGUCGUCUCGACUGUCUUCACCUUGUUUACUCUUAACAGCAAUAUUUAUUUGCAUCCAGAGAAUAAUGGAAGCGCUUGCGACGAGAUGCGCACUCUUUCUUGCGCAGAUCGCACUCUUCAGCAAUACAGCAGAUCUAUCAGAAGCAUAUGGAUUCAGAUCACAGAAGAAACUCUCAGAGAACAUAGACUGGUCAUACGCGGGAACUCUAAACCAAAAUAACUGGGCAAAGAAAUACCCGUCAUGCAACAAUGCCAAACAAUCACCAAUAAACAUUGAGGAGAGCCUGGCGCAGGUCAAGAUUCAAUAUCAGAAGCUGAGAUUAGAGGGAUGGGCGGAAAAGACAUCAGAGUCCACUAUAAUAAAGAAUGAUGGGAAAACAGUGGCCAUUGAUGUGGGAGGAGAUUUUUUUGUGAGUGGAGGGGGUCUCAGGUCCAAGUUUAAGGUGGGACGUAUCACUUUCCACUGGGGCCUGUGCAAUGCCUCCUCUGACGGGUCGGAGCACGGCCUCAACGGUGAAAAAUUCCCCCUGGAGAUGCAGAUAUACUGUUACGAUGCAGAUGUUUUCAGUGGCCUCGAUGAGGCCCUCAGCGCAGGAGGAAAGAUCACAGCGUUGGCCGUGCUGGUUAAGAUAAGCACUGAAGAUAAUGCAAACUACAUGGCCAUCGUUGAUGCAGUCAACAGUGUCAGCCGUUAUGGAAAGAGUGGCCCCAUCUCUCCAUUCACUCUGCAGGGUCUCCUGCCCAACUCCAUAGAGAAGUACUUCAUCUAUAACGGCUCUCUGACAACCCCACCCUGCUCUGAGACCGUGGAGUGGAUCGUCUUCAAAAACACUGUGACCAUCUCAGAUGUACAGCUGGAGAUGUUCUGUGAGGUGAUGACCAUGCAGCAGUCUGGAUAUGUCAUGCUAAUGGACUACCUGCAGAAUAACUACAGAGAGCAGCAGGAGCAAUUUAUGGGACAAGUCUUCUCAUCCUACACGGGCGUCGAGGAGGUCCACACUCCUAUUUGUAGUUCCGAGCCUGAGAAUGUGCAAGCCAACCAUCAUAAUCACACCAGUAUGCUUGUGAUCUGGGAGAGGCCACGGGCUGUUUAUGAUUCAAGCAUAGAGAGAUACUCAGUCACCUACCGGCCGGCCCAGGGCGAUGAUGAAUCGGCCUUGGAGUACUUGACUGAUGGAGACCAGGAUGUGGGGGCGAUCAUUCAAGACCUGGUGGCCAACACUAGUUACAAGGUGCAGGUAGUUGCUGUGUGCACCAAUGGUCUGUAUGGCAGAGUGAGUGACCAGCUGACCGUGGACAUGCCCCUGGAUGAUCCUGAAACAGACAAUGACUCCGACUCGUUUGAGUAUGAUGAAGAGGAAGACUAUCACAUCAAUCCUUUUUUGAUCAGACCUGGCACAAAUCAGCUUCUAUAUCCCUUCCAAACCACUACCACCGGCCCAAGAGUUACUACAACACAGCGCCCGGUCCAUCCAGUCUUCAAGACUAGACCAAGGACUCAUGAAAGAAGACUCCCGGUAGAAGAUUCCCAGAAGACACAUGAUCAUUAUAUUCCGGCAGUAUACACAGAUAAACCUACUGUGAAAUACACAGACCAACCUCCCGUCCAUGCAAGCAUAACCACGAGUUUUGUUGUUGAUGUACAUACCAUUAGACCAGAUGGCUCUAGCAUUGUAGCUGGUGUAUCCUCAGAGUCUGAUGGCCAAAGCAAUACCUUCACAGAGUCUCCAACAACCGUCACCCCUGAAACAAGUGGCACCUCUGAAACAAUUGUCACCCCUAAAAUAGGCAAAACCCUAGAAACAAGUGUUACCCCUGAAACAAGCAGAAACCUUGAAACAAGUAUAACCCUUGAAGCAAGCAUUACCCCUAAAACAAGCAGAACCCUUGAAACAAGUGUUACCCCUGAAACAAGCAGAACCAUUGAAACAAGUGUAACCCUUGAACCAAGCAUUACCCCUAAAACAAGCAGAACCCUUGAAACAAGUGUAACCCUUGAGGCAAGCAUUACCCCUAAAACAAGCAGAACCCUUGAAACAAGUCUUACCCCUGAAACAAGCAGAACCCUUGAAGCAAGCAUUACCCCUAAAACAAGCAGAACCCUUGAAACAAGUGUUACCCCUGAAACAAGCAGAACCCUUGAAGCAAGCAUUACCCCUAAAACAAGCAGAACCCUUGAAACAAGUGUUACCCCUGAAACAAGCAGAACCAUUGAAGCAAGCAUUACCCCUAAAACAAGCAGAACCCUUGAAACAAGUGUUACCCCUGAAACAAGCAGAACCCUUGAAGCAAGCAUUACCCCUAAAACAAGCAGAACCCUUGAAACAAGUGUUACCCCUGAAAUAAGCAGAACCCUUGAAGCAAGUGUAACCCUUGAAGCAAGCAUUACCCCUAAAACAAGCAGUACCCUUGAAACAUUUGUAAUCUCACCUUUGUUAGACAUUUCUAAGGUUGAGGAAGUGACUCAACCUGUAACUGACUCACACAGCUAUGGGGAAAGUUCAGUGACUGUAGCUCCAUUGCCUGAAAUCCCAGUGGAAUCAACUUCCUUUACCUUCCCCCCAGAGGUCCCCCUGUGGCCUACAACUGCUAGUUUGCCUUUUCCAACCACUGCCACUUUCAGCACUGUUCUGUCGCAGACCACCCAGCCGGUGUUUAAUGGUGAGAGUGCCUUGUAUGCCCCCUCUGUAUCUGACACCUUGUCCUACGUGCAUGCAAGUCCUGUGUCCCCCUAUUCCUUAAGCAGUGUGUUGUCUGAGCCCAUCCCUGACUGGGACAUCCCGUACACUGUUUCCUUGCUGGUGUAUGGUGGUGCACAGUCUAUCACCCCUUCCCCUUCCUACCCUACCCUACUCCUCACCGGCUCUGUGUCUUAUUUAGACAUGGAGCCUGUCUCUAGUGGUGAUUGUAAUGAUGAUGAUGGUGAUGAUGAUAUUUUAUCUGGGUCCAUCUCCGGUGACCCUCAGUGUAGAAGUACUCUUCCCCUUCAAACGUUACCAGAGGUGACUGCUUCUGUGAUCUCCAUGCAGCCAAGCUCUGAACAUGACCUCUUUGAGUCCCUCAGUAUUGUCUCCACCCUGAGCAGUCUUGCACAUCUCCAGCCUUCGGUUCCCGUUUCUAACGACUACUCUCUGAAGACGACAACCCUUGACUCUGACUCUUUUCUCUCAGGUAGUGUUAAGGACUCUAGACUGCUGACAGAAUGGGUAGAUUCUUCUCUAGUAGCUCUUACAUUUAGUCAAGACAGUGGUGCAUCUACUGAAAUCUCUCUGCAUGCCUCUUCUAAUUUCCUGUUGCCCUCCUCUACUUCGGGACUGUCCCCAUGUAGGGGUCUCUUGGGUGACCCAGCUAGUCCUGUAGAACACCAUUCGCUUCUGUCCACCUCUAGUGCCGGUACUCUUCUAUGCAGCGACGCAGACUUGGUCCUCCGCACAGAUGCUCUUUUGUCUUCUCUUCCCAUUUACACCAUGCCUUCUAGUGACCUCAGCAUUUCUGUUUCAGCCACUGUCAGCAGUGUUGCACAAAAAAUAACUGGACAGUCCCAGGGAGCAUCUGUUCCCAUUAGGUCUUCGACUAUUGUGCCAACCUCUACUCCAGAAUUCAUAUUUAUACCUACUCCUGUGGUGCCUCCAACUGUUGCAGUUUCCUCUGCUCCAGAAUCUAGUUCCAUGCCUACACACUCUGCAGAUGGACAGCUGGAGAACAGUGCCUCAGGCUGGGCUCUCGACUUAGACUGGGGCCAGAGCUCAGCAUCAGGAGAUGAGAGUAUUGUUCCAUACAUCACCACUGCCACUCCUACAGAGGUACCUCCUGAUGAGACAGAUGAUGGGAAUGAGGAACACUCUUCCUCCUUCUACUUCGAGGGUGAGAAUGGCACAGAUAGUGAAUCUACUGAGUUUAGAGUCACUCUGCGCCCCAGCCCAUCCUGGACUCUAAGAGGAGGUGGAGAAGAGGAGAGCGGAUCAGGUGAAAACCUCACAGAUAACGAGACAUCUUCAGACUUCAGUAUCCCAGAACGCACUGAGAGGGAUUCAGAGGAGGAACCAGUGGAAGACGCCAGUAACAGUAGUCAUGAGUCGCGGGUGGGCCUAGCGAGCAGCAAAGAGCGCCAGAAGAAGGCUGUGAUUCCUCUGGCUGUGGUCUCCACCCUCACCUUCCUGGGUCUCAUUGUUUUGAUUGGCAUUUUUAUCUACUGGAGGAAAUGUUUUCAGACUGCUCAUUUCUACAUUGAAGACAGCACAUCACCCAGGGUUAUAUCCUCCUCACCAUUACUGAGCCCUACAGGUGAACACGAACCCCAGUCAGUAAAACAAUUUGUGAAGCACGUGGCUGAGCUUCACAACACCAACUCAUUUUCUAGAGAGUUUGAGGAAGUUCAGACAUGCACCGUGGACCUCGGAACAACAACAGACCGUUCCAGCCAUCCAGACAAUAAGAACAAGAACCGAUACGUCAACAUUUUAGCCUAUGAUCACAGCAGAGUGCGACUCGCUCCCCUGAACGACAAAGAUGGGAGAAGCGGAGGGGACUAUAUAAACGCCAACUAUGUUGAUGGUUUUAACAAACAGAAAACCUACAUUGCAGCACAAGGGCCCUUAAAGUCCAGCACAGAGGAUUUCUGGCGGAUGGUGUGGGAGCAGAACGUGGGAGUGAUUGUUAUGAUCACAAACCUGCUGGAGAAAGGAAGGAGGAAGUGUGACCAGUACUGGCCUCUGGAGAACCAGGAAGGGUAUGGAUGUUUUCUGGUUACUGUUAAGAGCACAAACGUCCUCGCUUACUACACCCAGAGAACCUUCACCAUCAGAAAUACCAGCAUAAAGAAGGGUUCUCAGAGAGGUCAUAGUAACGAGAGGAUGGUAAUACAUUACCACUACACACAAUGGCCUGACAUGGGCGUACCGGAGUACGUCUUGCCUGUGCUUUCAUUCGUCUACAAGUCCUCUAGAUCCCAAACUGAGCACAUGGGGCCAAUGAUUGUACACUGCAGUGCUGGAGUGGGCCGAACAGGGACCUACAUAGUGUUGGACAGCAUGUUAAAACAGAUUAAAGCCCAGGGGACAGUCAACAUUAUGGGAUUCCUCAAACACAUUCGAACACAACGGAACUAUCUAAUUCAAACAGAGGAGCAAUACAUCUUUACCCAUGAUGCUCUAGUAGAGGCCAUUUUGAGUCAAGAGACCGAAGUGCCAUCAAGUCAUAUUCAUCAGUAUGUUAACAACCUCCUAACUCCAGGAGCCUCAUGCAAGACACAACUGGAAAAGCAGUUUAAACUGGUGUGCCAGCCGAAUGCCAAACAGAAUGAUUACCGCAGUGCCCUGAAUGACUGCAACAGAACAAAGAACAGGAGCUGCUCUCUGAUUCCUGUGGAGAAAUCCAGAGUGUGUCUGUCCACUUCAGCAGGAGAGACGUCAGACUACAUCAACGCCUCGUAUGUCAUGGGUUAUCAGCACAGCAAGGAGUUCAUCAUUACCCAGAAUCCUUUGCCCAGCACAGUGAAGGACUUGUGGAGGAUGGUGUGGGAUCAUAACGCCCAAGUUAUUGUUUCAUUGCCGGACAUGAGUAGCACGACAGAAGACAGCGAGCCAAUCAUAUUCUGGCCACCGAGAGAUCAGCCAAUCAGCUACGAGACAUUCUCUGUGUCAUUAAAAGGGGAGGGCCACGUGUGCCUAUCCAGUGAAGAUAUGUUGAUAGUGCAGGAGUACAUCCUGGAGGCCACACAGGAUGAUUUUGUUCUAGAAGUGAAGCAUUACCGGGCUCCACACUGGCCAAACCCAGACAGUCCCAUCAGUAACGUCUUUGAGCUGAUCAACAUCAUCCAAAAAGAGUCCUGCUCCAAAGAUGGACCUAUGGUUGUACAUGACGAGUGUGGUGGUGUGACUGCUGGAACGUUCUGUGCACUGUUCACUCUACUGCAACAGCUGGAGGCCGAGAGCGCACUCAACGUCUACAUGGUGGCCAAGAUGAUCAACCUCAUGAGGCCUGGAGUCUUCACUGACAUGGAUCAGUAUCAGUUCCUCUACAAAGCCAUUCUGAGUUUGGUCAGCACCCAAGAAGAUGAGCGAGCGCUUCAGUCCUCCGAUAACAACGGCACGGUCCCAGGAGGCGUCUCGAGUGCGGCCGAGAGUCUGGAAUCCUUGGUGUAACCAUAGUGACGAGCCGGCACAGGAAAAAGACUGUGUUUCUUUUUUUUUUCUAGCAAAGAAAGAUUGUUUAUCCCAGUCCAUCUCUGAACUGAUAGCGCUCUGCUGGAUGCAGUGCAGGCAUUAAAUGAGUGCCUUUGUACACUCCACGUUUUUAUUCAUUGUUUCUCUCUAAAAUCGCCACCUUCUGCUAAUGUCUUACGUACUAAUGUCUUCUCAUAGAGUCAUAUUUAUUGGCUUAAAAGCUUGUUUAAAGGGAAAACACCUUUUUUUAUUAAUCUAUUUUUUGUAGUAGAAUUUCAGCCACUGUUUUUUAUACAUAUAUACAAAGAAAGUGGGAAAAUCAGUCAUGGAUAAAGGGCAGGAAAUAAUAUUCUAAUGUGUAAAUAAUAUUACAGCAACCACGUCAAUGGACCAAAUUUCUAUUUAUGUCUAGAAUUUUAUAUUUGAGGCACUAGUGCUGUAAGAAAUGGCUGCAUUUGAAUAAUUUAGUCACAUUUGGAAUGUUUUAAUAUUUCUGAUGCCGCGCUGUUUUGUUACUGACGUACUGUAAGAUGAUGCGUUACAUACUGACACUGUUUAGCUGUACGAGAUGUUUUUGUCUGUUCGUAGGAUUAAACGAAUCAAGAAAGCA